AUGCAUCGCAGCAAGGGAAUAUCCCAAACAGCUGGGAUUAAGCUGGCAAAACAGAACGGCUCGGUCUCAAAUGGGAGCGAGCUGGCAGUUGCUCGUAAGGCUGCCUCUUCAGACCCAGCCAGAAGCAACAGUCGUAUUCUAAAUAAAGGACCAGCAGCUGGAACAACUCCUCACCCAAGUGCUUCCACAACAUGCGCUAGCAGUAGCAACUCAGUUUCCGCGGCCGCUAGCAAAGAAGAGUCGAAGGGACAGAGCAAGGCACCAAGUCCGAACAUACACGCGGUGCAGAAGCCCCUGAAGAGCGACCCUAAAAUCUUCUACCAGCUUAUCGGCGAGUGCUACGUCGAUGGCAUGAUGAACGGGGAGGCGUUGUCACGGUUGCUGCCAUCCGUACUUUUUGAAAUAAGAUAA